AUGGUGCUCCUGCUGCUGCUACCCCUGCUGUGGGGGGAGUACCUGCAGCAGCCGCCAGGCUAUGAGAUCCAAGUGCAGGAAUCGGUGACGGUGCAGGAGGGUCUGUGUGUCCAUGUGCCCUGCUCCUUCUCCUACCCGUGGAGUUCGUCGUCUUCCUCUAGUGAACUCUACACCUACUGGUACCGGCAGAGGGACAACAUGCGGAACAAUGAACUUGUGGCCUCGAAUGACCCAAAGCAACAAGCAAAGAGGGAGACCCACGGCCCUUUCCUCCUCCCGGACGCCGGGAACAACAACUGUUCCCUGCUCAUCAGAGAUGCCAGGAGGAGUGACACAGGAAUAUACACCUUCCGAAUGGAGAGAGGAAGUGUGAAAUACAGUUUCCAAGACAAGAUGCUGAAUUUUCAGGUAACAGGCAGACCGCACUCCAGCAGAUGUGUGACUGAGGAGCAGCAGGGCUCCUGGCCCCUGGUCCUCACCCUGAUCAGAGGGGCCCUCAUGGGGGCUGGCUUCCUCCUCACCUACGUCCUCACCUGGCUCUACUACACCAGACACUCAGAUCCUCGAGCCAGCACAGAGGAAGGAGAGUUCACCUGCCAAGCUCGGCACCCGCUGGGCUCCCACAGCGUCUCUCUCACCCUCUCCGUGGGCUACCCCCCGCAGCUGCUGGGACCCUCCUGCUCCUGGGGGGACCAGGGUCUGCACUGCAGCUGCUCCUCCAGGGCCCAGCCGGCCCCCUCCCUGCACUGGCGGCUGGGGGCGGGGCUGCUGCAGGGGAACCAUGGCAAUGCGUCCCAGGAGGUGACCUCCAGCUCAGAGGGGCCCUGGACAA